AUGACGAUCAGUUACUCGGAUAAAUUCGUGAAUCUCCUAUUGAGAUGGAAAGGAUCUUUAUGGAAAGCAAUCUGGAAACAACUACUCAUUUAUCUCAUUCUUUACUAUGCAAUCAAUGUAGGAUAUCGAUUCUUCAUGACGGCGGAUCAGCAAAAAUCCUUUAAAAAAUAUAUUAUUCUGUGCGAUUCGUGGACCAAAGAAAUCCCGUUGACUUUCCUACUCGGUUUUUAUGUGGCAAUGAUUGUGAGGAGAUGGUGGGAUUGUUGUCAGUUGAUUUCAUGGCCGGACACCCUUCUAUUCAAUGUCUCCGCGCUGGUCAGAGGCACCGAUCAAGAAACGCGAAUAAUCCGUCGAACCAUUGCCCGUUACUCGAUUCUCGCAUCGGUGCUCGCUUGGAGGAGUAUCUCCUUGAGGGUUUUGAAACGGUAUCCAACCGACGAACAUUUAAUCAAUUCGGGUUUGGUGACAAGAGAAGAAUUAGCUCUUUUUAAGAAAACUGAAGUUCGAGUCGAUCCACAUCAGAAAUGGUUUGUGCCCAUCAAUUGGAUACAAACGAUGAUGUUGAGGUGUUUUGAAAAGGGCACCCUUUCACACACAAAUGAGCUCCGAGUUCUCUUGGAUAAUCUUGACAAUUUUCGCUCGCAAUUCUUCAAAUUAUUUAUCUACGAUUGGAUUUCGAUUCCACUCGUUUACACACAGGUCUCAACAAUUUCUGUUUAUGGGUAUUUCAUGUUCACAUUAAUUGGCCAACAAUUUCCGAGUGUCAAUUUGUACAAUGAGAAAGUCGAUAUUUUUGUGCCGAUUUUUUCGAUAUUGCAAUUUCUUUUCUACGUCGGAUGGCUUAAGGUCGGAGAAGAUCUAAUGUUCCCAUUUGGAGCCGACGAUGAGGACUUCGAGUUCAAUUAUAUUUUGGAUAGAAAUCUUGAGGUAGCCUUCCUCGUGGUCGAUCAACUUCACAAUCAGGUCCCAUCCGUUUAUGUGGAGAGCUUGACCGAUACGGUUAAACUUUUACACACGGAUGGGUCUGCAAAGUUGACGAGUCAUCCCCAACGACAACACUUGAGGAAAUAUCGAAUGAAGACUGAGGAUAUGAAAAUUCAUGCAGACAAAGAACCCGAAAAGAAAUACGGAAUUUCGUUCUCGGAUCUCGAAGCAAAUGCAAAUCACAUUUUGGAGAAACCGAAAGAAACGGAGAAACUCGACAGGAAAGAGAUUCUCAACAGGAGUAUACGGAAGAAAAUCGACACUCCACGACGGCCGAGUGGACAGCCGAUUUCAGCGAAAUUACCCGAU